CAUAUAUGACAUUUCGAUCAUUUGAGGUUAUACUUCGUUUUCAAGGUUGUUUCUUCAAAAUCGUAAAAAUCAGGAAACGUAUUUUACUUUUUUGAUGAUGUAAAUAGUGUUCUUUAACAUAGUCCUUUUAUGUUUCAAUAAUCUUAGUGAAUAUUAAUUGAAAAUGUUGCGAACAGCUCGCUUUACUUGUUUCAAACCCAAUGGAACCUUCAAUUUUCAAACUGGGUGUUUGAAUUGUUCCAAAACAAUGAAAGAAAACUUUUCGGAAAAGUUAACAAGUGGGCCUCAAUUAGAAAGUUUCUUAUCAGAUGAACCGGUGAUAAAAUACCAAGGAAAAUUAAAGUUAGAGAAAGGAGAAAAUGCGAGGCUAAAAUUGCCACCAUGGUUGAAAAGGGAGAUUCCAAUGGGGACGAAUUAUAGUCGCAUAAAAUCGCAAUUAAGGGAAUUAAACUUAAGCACAGUUUGCGAGGAAGCUAGAUGUCCAAAUAUUGGUGAAUGCUGGGGAGGGGGAAGCCAUGGAACAGCAACUGCAACGAUUAUGUUAAUGGGAGAUACUUGCACCCGAGGUUGUCGAUUCUGCUCCGUAAAAACGGCAAAAAUACCUCCUCCUCUGGAUCCAAAUGAGCCAAAAAAUACAGCCACAGCAAUAACAGAUUGGGGACUCGAUUAUGUCGUCCUUACUUCCGUGGAUCGGGAUGAUUUGGAAGACGGAGGAGCACAUCACAUCGCAAAUACGGUACGAGAACUAAAGAAAAGAAGUAACAUUUUAGUAGAGUGUUUGGUCCCCGACUUCAGAGGAAAUCAAGAAUGCGUCGCAACAAUUGUAAAUUCAAAACUCGACGUAUUUGCACACAACAUCGAGACUACUGAACGCCUGACGCCUUUCGUUCGCGAUAGACGCGCACGAUACAAGCAGUCACUCACAGUCCUUGCAGGGGCAAAAAUGGUGAAUCCCGAUCUGAUAACAAAGUCUUCAGUUAUGUUAGGACUGGGCGAAACGGAUCAAGAAGUCGAACAAACGAUGAAGGAUUUAAGAGCCGCUGGCGUUGAGGCUCUUACACUUGGCCAAUACAUGCAGCCAACCAAAAGGCACUUAAAAGUAAUCGAGUACGUCACUCCGGAGAAAUUCAAAGCUUGGGAAAACGUUGGAAAUGAACUUGGAUUCCUCUACACGGCCAGUGGACCCCUCGUUCGCUCUUCUUACAAAGCAGGCGAAUUCUUCUUAACGAAUAUUCUCAAAGCAAGGAAGAAGCAAAAUCUAGAGGAAAGUUGAAGCUCCCUCUGGAGAGGAAACUUAGUACAAAUAUGAAAGAAAUUUAAAUAAAUUGCAAAUCAGUCAAUGAUACAGCUUUCUGGAAA